CAUCUCACAAAGAAAGAAAAAAAAAGCUUAUUCUUUCAUCAAUUCUUUGGUUUGGAUAUUCAAUAUUUCAAAAUUAAAUAAUUGGAAUUCUUAUGGACAAAGGAUGGGGAAUUACACUUGAGAACAAGCCAUUUUUUGGGCUUAAUCAUAUGAUGAACCAUGCGGAAGAGAAAUUAGUUUCUGAUCAUGACAAAACGGAAGUUGAUUUCUUCUCUCAUCAUAAAAGGAAGAUAGAUCAUGCAGUUUUUAUAAAGAAGGAAGAUUCCAAUACUACUACUACUACUACGCCAUCCAAAUUCGUUGUAAAUACUGGUUUGCAACUUGUGACUGCAAGUGAUCAAUCAACGGUAGAUGAUGGGAUUUCAUCGGAGAUGAUACAAGAAGAUGAAAGAGCCAAAAAUGAGUUGGCACAACUACAAGUUGAACUGAGAAGGAUGAACGCCGAAAAUCAACGUUUGAGAGGGAUGCUUACACAAGUCGCCAACAAUUAUACUGCACUUCAGAUGCAUCUUGCCGCACUUAUGCAACAGCGACAACAGAUUUCAACAACUCAAAAUACACAUGACGACCACAAGAUUGUGGAAGCAAAGUCUGAUCAAGAAAAAAUAGUUCCAAGAAAAUUCUUGGAAUUAGGUCCAAAUGGUGACGAGCUAUCUCAUAAUUAUCAUUCUUCAUCAGAAGAAAGAACAGUUUCUGAAUCACCUCGCAAAGAUAUACAAGUUACAAGGCAUAAUAAAGGUAUUAUCGGCAGAGAAGAAAGCCCAGAAUCUGAAAGUUGGGUUCCUAACAAGGUCCCAAAAUUGAAUUCAUCAAUGCCAAUUGAUCAAACAGCAGACGCAACCAUGAGGAAAGCUCGUGUCUCCGUUCGUGCUCGAUCAGAAGCUCCCAUGAUUAGUGAUGGAUGCCAAUGGAGAAAAUAUGGACAAAAGAUGGCGAAAGGCAAUCCAUGUCCCCGAGCUUAUUAUCGCUGCACCAUGGCUGUUGGUUGUCCAGUGCGCAAACAGGUUCAACGGUGUGCCGAGGACAGGACAAUUUUGAAUACUACUUAUGAAGGUACACACAACCACCCCCUACCACCAGCAGCAAUGGCUAUGGCAUCGACUACAUCAGCUGCGGCAACUAUGUUGGUUUCAGGUUCCAUGCCAAGUGCAGAUGGCGCAUUAAUGAAUCCGGGUUUCCUAGCAAGGACUAUGCUUCCAUGUUCGUCAAGCAUGACGACUAUUUCAGCAUCAGCUCCAUUUCCAACUAUAACAUUGGACCUAACUCAAAACCAAAACUCGUUGCCUUAUAAUCAAAGAAGUACUCCAAAUGCUCAAUUUCAAGUUCCUUUCCAAUCAGGCCCUCAACAUCCCAGCUUUAUUACAUCAAUGUCACCCCCACCAAUGCCUCAAGUUUUACAUAACCAAUCAAAGUUUUCAGGCCUUCAAGUUUCUCAAGACAUUCAUCAACCUCAACAUGUUCAAAAUCACUCAUCAUUUUCCGAUAUGCUCACGGCCGCCACUGCCGCCAUCACGGCAGAUCCCAAUUUCACUGCCGCUCUGGCCGCCGCCAUCUCAUCCAUAAUUACUAGUCCUGGAAAAGAACAGUAGUAGUGAUAUCAUCUUUGUAAAACUGUUAAUUAAUUAGUUCCGUAAUGUUAGUAAUUUUCUUCCUUCUUUUUUCCUUUCUUGAUAUACGAGGCUAUUUUGGGCUGAAACUUGAGAUUGAAUAUACAUGUUCAUAUCUUCUUAAA